AUGUCGUGGCAACCUAAGCUUCGCCCCAAGGGCUAUUCUCAUACGAUUGAUGACUUUGCUGUGGCUUCAUUAUCAGAGUUGGAGCAUCGCCCGCGGACGGGCGAGGAUAAACGAGACCAACGCGUGUUUCGGGUCAAGCGCAAGCAUGUCCUGAAAGCGUGUGACCGGUGCCGCGUUAAGAAGACAAAGUGUGAUGGGAAACAACCCUGUAACCGCUGCUCAGUAUACAAUCACCCAUGCCUUUUUCGCGAGAGAAAGGCUACGCAGACCAAGGUGUACUCCCGAGGAUUUGUUGAGAUGCUUGAAUCGCACCACUCGCUAGUAGUCAAAGCCUUGCAGAAAGUAUACGGACUCUGUGUCAACAAAGAAGGCUUCCCGGGCGAAACGCUAGCGGAAGCACCGGACGGCCACCCUCUGACACAUGCCAUUCUUGACCGACUAGGGCUGAUCAAGCAAGCCGAGGAGAACGCAGACGAGCCCGACGAAGACUCCGAGGAUCUGAGAUACCUCCGGUUACUGUCCACGUCCACCGAAUGUAGCGCCACAGCAGACCCAUCCCCUGAGCCUGCUACGCCUCCAGAGCCGUCUCUAAUGACGAUGUCCCGACCAUCCGUCUGCAACCCAAUGUCAACUCCUAUGACCGCGCGCAGUGACUCUAGCUGGCAGUGGGAUAUGCAGUCUGUUCAGCAGGCCCCAUAUAACUAUGCAGAUGCUGGAUACCAAGAGAUAAUCGCCAUGCCACGAUCCUCUAUCAGUGCCCCGGAUCUAGCAUCGAAUGAGAACUCGCCCCAUGUUGACGUGACUACUAAAUCCGCUGUCUCCCACGGACAACCACAUAAUCAGUCGUUCGCCUAUUUCCUUGACGGAAGUUGCAACGCGCAAGAUCAUCAAGAAUCCAAGUCUGCCGUUCGAAUGCACACUGGUAUCAUGCUGGAGACACAUAGUCAUCCUAUAAGCAAUAUGUCUAAUGACAUCCUUGGCGACUUCCAAUUUCAACCCCAAGAGUCCCCCUUCUACCCUGGCUUCACUCCAGGCUGGAACUUCCCCUCGGGAUAG